AUCUAGAAUAUUACUAAAGUUUACAAGAGCCUGGACAUGGUCGGGAAAAGAUGAUGAUAUGACCAUUAUGGAGCGAUAACCGAUGCCAGAAUUCAGUUGUAGAGUCUUGACCCCACCCGCGCUUAAUCAGGUAGAACGCGCUCGAUACUCAUCAACCAUAUAAUUACUACUCGGCAUUCCGGUGAAACGAUCAUGAACCCCGAUCUUAGCACCUCCUUACCUAUCGGAGCGUGUUCUGACGGUCCCGAUGAAGCGAGCAACCUUCCAGACAAAGGCUUCCCCAAGGACUUCCACGACAUAGGGGACCGAGCCUCAGAAUCCGACUUCCCGAACUACCAUAUCGCUAACUCACACUCCCUCUUCGCAUACUCCGAAUUCCACUCCUUGGAACUAGGUACAGGCGCCUCAAUAUACGCCAACAGCCUCCUUCAAGCCUUCCUAUCUGCCAAGUCCGAGAUCAUCCUCGUCACCUGCUUCUGGGCAAAGUCCAGUACGCUCACAUCGCUCUCUGAAACGCUUUCGCGGCUUGCUGAAUUCCGGAAGGAGCACUUGAGUAAGACACCUAGAACUUCAGAGGACGGGGAAUCUCCCCCUGUUCUCCGUGUCCGCAUCCACCUCUCCUCUCUCUCUGCGCUGCAGAAACUCCUCCAUCCGCAAUCAAGGGCGGGGUAUAUAUUCCCUCCCUCACAAUGGAAUUCGAAACUCGGGUUGCCCUCGCAACAGGUGCUGGAAGAUGGGUUCAUCGACUUGCAAGUCAAGAGCCUGUUUCUACUACCCUUCAGCGUCAUGCACCCGAAGUUCCUAAUCAUCGAUCGAGAAAGAGCCUGGUUGCCUAGCUGCAACGUCAGUUGGGAAGCGUGGUUAGAAGGAUGCGUUGAGGUGAAAGGAGAGGUGAUUUCCAAACUGCUACAGUUUUAUUGGGAAGUUUGGGAAGUAGGGAAGGACGGAGUGGUGCCGCCCUGCACGUUUCCGGCGACUUACUUGCGCUGGAGGGAAAACCCUCAGAAGUUCGAACCAUUCGAGAGGAUGAAGGACGCAGAGGGGUUGAGGAAUGCAGGGUGGAUAAAAGAUAUCACCAGUCCUACGAGUACUGUCCUGAAGCCGGAAUCUCCGUUGCAGAAGAUACCGACGAUUCUCCUCCCAUCCUCUCACCAUCGCAAUCCACAUUUCCGUCUUCCAUUCCAACGUUACCAUGCUCCGCCGCCCACUCCACUCAACGAAGCCAUCACGAAACUCUUCCACCUCACCACCCGCUCUAUCUAUAUCCAGACUCCCAACCUCACAUCACCACCAGUCCUGGAGCUGAUAAUUCAGGCCCUCCAGCGCGGUGUCGAUGUCACCAUCACCACAAGCAAAGGCAUGAUGACGCUCGAGCAGCUACUUACCGCCGGUACAACCACUUCGCGUUGCAUCAGGAAGCUAAUCAAGCAGUACAUCUCUCUCUCCUCGGCCUCCUCAAGCUCCGCCUCCCCGUCCCAGACAUCCGACGCCCUCGAAUCCCAACCCCCUCUCCUCGGCCGCCUUCGAAUCUCCUACUUCCACCCGAAUCAAGCAAAUAUGACGAGCAACGUGCCUGAAGAACCGGUUCAGUCGCAUCUGAAGCUGGUCAUUUUCGACGGGGUGUACACGGUGCUUGGGUCGGGGAAUAUGGAUCGGGCGAGCUGGUAUACAAGUCAGGAGUUGGGGAUCUUGUUCAUGUCGGAGAAGAUUGCGGGACUGGUUAGAUCUGCCGUGGAUGGGAUCUUGGAGGGGAGGCGGAGGGAAAUAUUUGAUUCGUAUGAGGAAUAGGAAGGGAUUGCGAACCUGAUCGCGGGUCAUGUAUCUAUAGACUGGCAAAUAGGCGGUUUUACCAUCCGAGC